AUGGCUCCCUCUGCCGUUCAAGAUGUCGACCUGACCGCCUCGGCCGUCCAGAGGAAGACAUCCAUCUCAACAGCCCCUGAUGAUUCUCCAAAGGCUCUCGACGCCUCACAACUCAUUACCACCCUGACCAGCAAUCCUCGCGGCGUGCCCACUGAGCAGGAAGCGAAUGCAGGCCUCGAGACUGUUUGCACAGACCACAUGAUCACGGCCACCUGGACUCUCGGCAAGGGCUGGGCGGCCCCGGAGCUGAAGCCCUAUGGACCAUUGAGCCUACUGCCGACGGCGAGCUGUCUGCACUACGCGACCGAGUGCUUCGAGGGUCUCAAGGUGUACCGAGGCUACGAUGGCAAGCUGAGGAUUUUCCGCCCUGACCGCAACGCCCAGAGGUUCAGGAUGAGUGCGGCGCGCAUCUCGCUGCCCGUGUUCGAGCCUGAGGAGGUUGUCAAGCUCAUGAUUGCGCUUUUGUCAGUCGAUGGUCCCAAGUGGCUGCCCAAGGACAAGCCUGGAUCCUACCUCUACAUCCGUCCCACGCUCAUCGGCACCGAUGGCCAGCUUGGCGUGCAAGCGCCCAAGGCCGCCAUGAUGUACAUUAUGGUCACCUUUAUGCCCCGCCUCGACACACCCGAGGGUGGUCUCCGUCUUCACACCUCGCCAGAGGAUAUGGUCCGCGCCUGGGUUGGUGGAUUCGGCUACGCCAAGGUGGGCGCCAACUACGGCCCCAGUCUCAUGGCCACACACGAUGCGCGCCAGAGGGGCUUUCACCAGAUCUUGUGGCUCUACGGCCCCAAUGGCGAGUGCACAGAGGCAGGCGCCAGUAACUUCUUUGUCGUGUGGAAGAGGAAGGACGGAAAGAAGGAACUCAUCACGGCACCACUCGACGACAAGUUGAUCCUGGAUGGCGUGACGCGACGAAGCUGCCUGGAAAUCGUGAGGGAGAAGCUGGCUGGCGAGCUCGAGGUGACGGAGAGGAAGUACUCCAUCGAUGAGGUGCUGGAGGCUGACGCCGAGGGCCGCAUUCUGGAGGCCUUUGCUGCUGGCACGGCCUACUUUGUCUGCGCCAUCUCGCAGAUCCACCACCGGGGACAAGACGUCAACGUUCCCAUGGGACCCGAAGGAGCACCGGGCGAGAUCACCAACAAGGUCAAGACGUGGCUGGGUGAUAUCAUGUACGGGCGGACACAGCAUGAAUGGGGCGUUGUGAUCCCCGAAAAGGAGUAG